GACACACACACACAAAAGAUGCAAAUAUUUAACUAUGAAAAACAAAAUUUAGUGUGAUGCAUUGGAUUUAUACACAAUCGUACCAGUUAGACUUUGUUCCACUUCGACCAGUCAUAAAAGGCUGGUUAAAUGCUUAUGAAUCACCAAGUCCGGCCGUGUAGCAGUAGGAUCCAUUUCUGUCCUGUCAAAACUUCGUUCAGGUAUCUAACAAUAACUAAAAUGUCAGAAUGAAAUAUUUGCUUUUGCUGUGUCAUAUUAGUUAUUCAUUACAAAUGGUUCGGUUUAAACUCAACGCAAAGAAAUCAUAUCCCUUCCACGGCAAUGAAACGCGUGGGACGGUGACAGCUCGUAAUUGGCUCAGAGGCUGGUGAUGUCACGGGAGCAGUCCGGCCUGUGACUUGAGAAUUGGAGAAGUUUGUCAGUGUGGCGAUGAGGCGCUGCCGAAGACUUCUCUUCUGACUCAACACCGACAACACAGCGCAUCCAGUGACUUCAUCUUACUUCUUACAAGAGGAGUUACACGAAUUUCUUAUCUUCCCAUUUUAGCCACAGGAUAUAUCACGAUUAGCAUCAAAGGACGAACUCAUGAGCUGAGGGAUCGUUGUUUUCUCAUAAGCAAGGUAUAGCUCUGACUGAUAUGGCUGUGCCACUAUUCUGCCACAGAACAGUCCUGCUGACUGUGGCCUUCUGUUUCCUGCCUUGCAUCACUUUAUCCCUCAACCUGGAGGAUCCCAAUGUAUGCAGCCACUGGGAAAGUUACUCUGUGACAGUGCAAGAGUCGUACGCCCAUCCUUUUGACCAGAUUUAUUACACCAGUUGCACCAACAUCCUCAACUGGUUCAAGUGCACCAGACACAGGGUGAGCUAUCGGACAGCUUAUCGUAGAGGAGAGAAGACCAUGUACCGGAGAAAGUCCCAGUGCUGCCCGGGCUUUUAUGAAAAUGGAGAGAUCUGUGCUCCUCAUUGUACAGAGAGCUGCAUUCAUGGCCAGUGUAUGGCCCCCAACACCUGCCAGUGUGAGCCAGGCUGGGGAGGAUCCAACUGCUCCAGUGCUUGUGACAGUGACCACUGGGGUUCCCACUGCAGUAACAGAUGUCAAUGCCAGAAUGGAGCACUGUGUAACCCAAUCACUGGAGCCUGUAGCUGCAGUCCUGGAUACAGAGGGUGGCGCUGUGAAGCCCAGUGUGAAGUGGGCAUCUAUGGUAAUGGAUGCCAGCAGAAAUGUCAAUGCCAGAAUGCAGCCACCUGUCAUCAUGUGACCGGAGAAUGCAAGUGCUCACCAGGAUACACUGGAGCUUUGUGUGAAGACCUGUGUCCUCCAGGUAAACAUGGGCAGCAAUGUGAGGAGAGAUGUCCAUGUCAAAAUGGAGGAGUGUGUCACCAUGUGACUGGAAAGUGCUCUUGCCCUGCAGGAUGGAUGGGUACAGUGUGUGGCCAGCCAUGUCCAGAGGGAAGAUUUGGACAAAACUGUUCCCAGGAAUGUCAGUGUCACAAUGACGGCUUCUGUGUGUCAUCCACUGGACAGUGUCUCUGCAGCGCUGGAUACACAGGAGAACGGUGCCAACAUGAAUGUCCAGUUGGUACUUAUGGUGCUGGCUGUGCCAAAACAUGUCGCUGUAGGAACAAUAGCAAAUGCUACCACACCAACGGAAUGUGUCUGUGUGACCCAGGAUACACAGGGAAGACAUGCGACGUCCGACUUUGUCCUGAAGGACUCUAUGGCCUCCAAUGUGAUAGGAAGUGUCCGUGCUACUCACAGAACACACUCAGCUGCCACCCAAUGUCAGGGGAGUGUACAUGUCAGCCUGGAUGGUCAGGCCUCUCCUGCAAUGAGAUCUGCACCCCAGGAUUUUAUGGCAAGUCAUGCCGGCAACUGUGUCAAUGCCUGAAUGGCGCGGACUGCCACAGUGUGACUGGAGAGUGUGUCUGUGCUCCAGGCUUUAUGGGUCCCAACUGUUCAGUCUCCUGCCCAGCAGGAACACAUGGAGCAAACUGUUCCUACAGCUGUAUCUGCAAGAACGGAGCUCAGUGUUCACCUGUGGAUGGAUCUUGCUCCUGUAAACCAGCCUUAUGUCCAGGAAACUGUUUUAGAGGGUGGCAUGGGGUGGACUGCUCCAUCAAAUGUCCCAGUGGAACCUGGGGUCUGGGCUGUAACCUUACCUGCUUGUGUCGCAAUGGAGGAGCUUGUAAUGCUUUGGACGGUCACUGUACCUGUACUCCAGGCUGGAGAGGAGAGAGGUGUGAACUGCACUGCCAGGAUGGUACCUAUGGUUUGGACUGUAAAGAACGCUGUGACUGCAGUCAUGCUGAUGGAUGUCACCACUCUACUGGUUACUGCCACUGUCUGGCUGGUUGGACUGGUAUCCACUGUGACAGUGUGUGUCCAAAGGGUCACUGGGGCCCAAACUGCUCCCUCCCCUGUAACUGUAAGAACGGAGCUUCCUGUUCUCCAGAUGAAGGAACCUGUGAGUGUGCUCCAGGGUAUAGAGGCACCAUCUGUCAGAGGAUCUGCUCUCCAGGUUACUUUGGUCACCGCUGUGGUCAGACCUGUCCACAGUGUAUCCACAGUAACGGACCAUGUCACCACAUCACAGGACAGUGUGACUGUCUGCCAGGCUUCAAGGGAGCUCUGUGUAACGAGGUGUGUCCCACUGGCCACUUUGGAAAGAACUGUGCCUGGAGCUGCAGCUGUACCAAUAAUGGAACCUGUAACCCCAUCGAUGGCUCCUGUCAGUGUUAUCCAGGAUGGAUCGGCAGCGACUGCUCACAGUUGUGUCCACCUGGUCAGUGGGGACCCAACUGCAUCCACACAUGCAACUGUCACAACGGAGCCUACUGCAGUGCUUAUGAUGGAGAAUGCAAAUGCACCCCCGGAUGGACUGGCCUCUAUUGCACACAACGCUGUCCAUUAGGUUUCUUUGGAAAGGACUGUUCCCAGAUCUGCCAGUGUACGAAUGGAGCUGACUGCGAUCACAUAUCUGGACAGUGUACGUGUCGUACUGGUUUCAUGGGACGACACUGUGAACAACAGUGUCCUCCUGGUUCGUAUGGUUAUGGCUGCCGUCAGGUCUGUGACUGUCUAAAUAACUCAACAUGUGAUCACAUGACUGGUACAUGUUACUGCAACCCAGGCUGGAAGGGAACCCGCUGUGACCAAGCUGGUGUUGUGGUUGUGGGCAGCCUCAACAGUUUGACCAGUGCAGCCAUAGUGGACACCUACCAGAUUGGAACCAUAGCAGGAAUCAUCAUCCUGGUGUUUCUGGGACUGUUUCUCCUCCUUCUUGUCAUCAUCUAUAGGAAGAAGCAGAAACACAAAGAGCCCACCAUACCAGCUGUGACCUACACUCCUGCUAUGAGGGUCACUGCAGAUUACACCACUGCAGAUGUCCACACACCAACAAGUGAUGUCCAUCCAAGCAAUUACUUCUCCAACCCCAGCUAUCAUACUCUCAACCAGAGCAUCAGCUGCCCAUAUGCUAGCAAUGGUGUAUGUGGGAAGCCCAAGAGCAACCAGCUGUUUGUAGCCAUGAAAAGUGUGGAUCAAAGACAAGAUGAUCACACUGGCACACUGCCUACAGGCUGGAAACAAAGGGAUUGCUUCAGUGAACUGGGAGCCCACGGAGUUGACAGGAAAUGCAUGGGAAAAUCUUUACGAGAUCUGGUAGGGGGCAUACUCCAUCAUGCCAGCUCAUGCUCCCUCAACAGCUCUGAAAACCCAUAUGCUACAAUAAAGGACCCUCCCUCGCUGACAGCCAAAAACACAGAGUACGGCUAUGUGGAAAUGAAAUCACCAGUCAGACAGGACCAACUAUCCACUGAGAUUAAAGACAGCAGCCCAACCAGUAAAAAGAAUGUCUAUGAAGUUGAACCAACUCUAAACACCAUCCAUUUGACUGAAGACAGCAGUGGCCACAUACAAUUUGGUCAAGAGCUGUAUGAUUUACCAAAGAACAGCCACAUCCCCUCUCAUUAUGACAUCCUGCCAUCCAGAGAGAGUCCAUCCUCAGAUCACAUGGAACUGGACAGUGAGUAAUGGCACAGACCUGAUCUCACCAUCAGUAUGCAGUGCUUGCUCUGAUUGUUCCACAGUAAUGGUAGACUUUAUAAAUACUUUCAUAUGUUUUGCUGUUAUACUUCAAUACUAUCAUUGUAAUUAUGUAUCAUCACUUCUUUUUGACAAGGUGGAUGUAAGAGCUUUGAGGUUAGUUUUGAGAUACAGCUGCUUUCACAGGUCAUUCCACAUGUUACAAAUUGUUAGAAAUUGUUUAAUUCAAAACAUUCUGAGCUGAGACCCUUCUCAUAACAACAUUCCAUUUGUUUCUCUUCGUUUUCCGCUAAAAGCAAGUCAUUACAGUUUAUUCAAUUAAUACACCACGAAGACAUUAAGUUCAUUUUAUCCUCAACAAUUAAAGAUGUAAUUCAUAUUUAUCAUAAUUAAUUAAUACAAUAUUAGUCAUACAUGCUGCUCAGUGAUAAUGGCCACAUUCUAUUACAUAGACAUUUAGGCCUUCUGAGCUGGAUAUUCUUCCAUAAACUUAUACUUUACAGGACCUUGUUCUCAAUGUACUGCACAUACUUUCAGAUGUGUGUCUAUAAUUGUUUAACUGAUAAAGACAGUUCAUUUUAAAUUAUCAUCAAAGGUGUAGUAUUAGAUCAGGACAAUGGAACCAAUGCUGGGAACUGUGGACCCAUAUUCACUGUGAACAUGUGUCCACCUUGUGUUUUAACAUAUGAUCUGUAUUCUGAUAUCUGAAUCAGGUAAUGUAGAUGUAAAUGCAAACUGAACACAUUGCAGUGAAUAUGCUUUUGGACUGGACAGACAACAUCUGGAGGUAAAGAAGAACGAUCUCCCAAACAUUUUAAAUACUGAAGGACUACUACCAUGGCAAGAUGUGACUCAUGUAAUGAGUGAUAGCGAGUACUUAGAUGCUUUCAUUUGUCUCUUAAUUUCCCCUUACCUUGCAUAUAGCUGUCCUGCAUAGAGUAUAUGCAGUAGAUGCAUGUUUGUUGAAAUUUGCAUAUUGAGAUGCACUCAGAAACCAAAACGAGCACAAUUUUUCUAUGUCUUGGUAUAUUUCUAUAUAUCAGGACACAGAUAUAUUUAGAUUCUGUGUAGUAUCUUCAUGUACAGUGCAUUAAACUACAUUGUAGUUUUUUGUUUUGUUCCCCUGUUAACAUGUUAACAUGGCCCAGGUUCAUAUGUUCAAAAUUGAAAACAGGAACCAUUGUGACAUUUGGUUUAGAACUGUUAUUAUGAAAACUUGGCAACUUGAGCUCAUAUCUUCUACAGAAGCUGUAUUUCUUUUGUAUUUUUUUCUAUUUCUGCAUAUUUGAAGAAAAAUGUUUGAUUUAAAAGAAAUACUUGAUAUUUUUAAACAAACAAGAAAAUUAACAAAUACAUUUAUCCUUUUAUUUGGCUCUUUAAGUCAACAUUUGGUAGAAGAAUAAUUUAACCACAAACUAUAAGAACAUUUGUUUCCCAAAUAAGGGACAGUUGUGUCUGUUUUGCUUUUAUAGUGCUAUUUAUGCAAAAGCUUUGAAUAAAAUUACAUAAUAU